AUGGAUGGAAAAAAUACUUCAGAAAGAUCAACAUUUACACUUCAUUUUGUGCCAUGCAAAACCGAUAACAAUACUAAAACAACCGAAUUUAACGAUCUACUUACAGAUAAGGACCUUAACGACAAAUAUUUAUCAAUAUACAUCCAGGGACGAAACCUUUUGGGAAAAGAGAUACUUAACGACACUUUACAACCUUAUUUGAUUUCUACAAAUUCCAUAAUAGAAGAUGAUCAAAAUCAAAAACAAAUUAUUGAAACCAAUAAAUUAAAAAAAUUAAAUAAAGUGAUAAACUAUGAAAGAGAAGGUAACGAAGAACGUCUCAAACAGGAACAUGACAAGCUAUCAGAGUAUAUCAUUUUAACAAACAUAAUUCAUGGUAAAUAG